AGCCAAAUAUGGAAACCACACUGAAAAAGUCGAUGAUCGCUGGAUUACAGACAGUCCCGCCGGUGGAAGUCACGAAACACCGUAGAGUCCGCUCCAUAUCCGUUGGAGAUCCCUUGGGAUCAGGAAUAUUCCAGCGAACAUUAAACAUAGUCACGUAUUACAAGCAUGCAGGUGAUUGUGGUGACAGAGGGUGGUUAGUGGCGGGGUGGAUGAGGGAGUCAUUAGGGAGAUCCUUGACUGAGCAUCCGAUGAUUGCUGGUAGACUGCGGUGGAGGAGGAAGACAACAACGGCGGAUGAAGAUGGUCUGGAGGUGGUGGCUAAUGACUGUGGCGUUAGGCUCGUUGAGGCUAGGUUCCCAGCGAGUUUGCCGGAAUUUUUUGAAAUGGUGAAAAGAGACAAAAGCAGAGCUGAAGCAGAGACUGUCUUCUGGACAGACAUUGAUGAAGUUGAUCCUCGAUUCUCUCCAUUGUUUUAUGUUCAGGUGACGAGUUUUGAGAGUGGUGGAUACUCAAUUGGGAUAAGCUGCAGCAUCCUAUUAGCUGAUAUCCUCCUUGAGACAGACUUCUUGACCAAAUGGGCUCAAAUCCAAAGCUCUUUAGCUCAUUCACAGACCACACUCAAUCCACUCUUCUACCUCCCAUCGAACAAAAGAAUCAAUUUCCUCACUGAACUGUCUUCGUCAGCCUCGGUUCUCGACCGCGGUGAUCCCUUUAAUUUCCUGUGUAAAACAUGCUCGAAAAUGUCACUAGUCUGCAUGAAAAAAACAUUUGCUAACCGAGAAACAGCUAGGGCGAAUGUAUUCUUGUUCGUCAAGCAACAAGGUGGUGAUGAAAAUGGUACCAAGGUAGAGAUACACACUAGAGAUGAAGCGUUUAGCGAUUGCGAUUGUGGUGACGAUUUAGAGGAGGUGAGAGAUGUUGGAGUACUUGAUGUGAAUUUAGCGUUCGAUGACAAAUUUGAAGGAAGUUCAUGUUGGAUUGGUUCCAUCUCAAACGGGCUUGUGUUUGGCGUCCCGUCUACUUUUGGUGGUGAUACCAAGUCGCUUGCCAAAUUUAUUGUUGCAUUGCCAGAAGAAUGAUUCAUUCAGAUCAAUGGCAAUAUGGCAUUACUAUCUUAUUGUAUGGUUUUCUAAGAAGAAAUUAUUGUUCAGUUUUGUGUAAUCAUGUGAUUAUGCAUUCUGCAGAUUUUUUUUUUAGUUUGUCAUAUUAAAAUAUAUACAAUAUUAGAACCUUUGAGGUGAAUUUUUUUAAAUAUACAACUCUUUUCCAUCAA